AUGAAGCUCGUCAGGUUCUUGAUGAAGUUGAACAACGAGACAGUGUCGAUCGAGCUCAAGAACGGCACCGUUGUCAACGGCACCAUUACAGGUGUGGAUAUCAGUAUGAAUACACAUUUGAAGACAGUGAAACUUACGCUGAAGGGGAAAAACCCAGUGACUCUGGAUCAUCUCAGCGUGAGGGGAAACAAUAUUCGAUACUAUAUCCUCCCAGAUAGUUUGAAUCUUGAGACUUUGCUAGUUGAAGAGACACCUAGGGUCAAGCCCAAGAAGCCAACUGCAGGGAGACCCGUGGGCCGUGGACGUGGGCGCGGUCGUGGUCGGGGACGUGGGCGUGGCCGUUAA